AGCAGAUGAUUUUCGUGUUUUUAUCAGUUUUUAUCGCAUUAUUAUCAUUUUGAGUGUAUUAUUAGGCGUUAGUGGGCGUAGGAGUGCUCGUGUGUUUUGUGUGAAGCUCGUGAACUUUUCGUAGCGCACUGGUUCGUAAAAAAUCGAUACUUUUUGCAAAAAUAUCACUGGUGCAGAUUUGUCCAGUGAUUUUCCUGUUUAGCUAAUUUACCGAUGACAGUGAUGAUUAAACGAUGGUAUCGUUCACGGAGAAACCAAGUCGUGAUGUUCAUCAUACUCAUGGGUUGUUUGAUUUACUACGUAAUGAUCAGCAACAGUCUGCCCCAGGAACCAAACCUUGAUCUCACAAGAAGUACCGUAGAGAAGUUUCAUGGUAGAAUAGUUGCCGACUACAAUGGCACUGUGGUUUUGGCUGGCUUAAAAAGAAGUUCUAUUGUUGAGUUCAUAGAAAAGAAACUACAAGAGGCAUUAAAGUACGAUAAAGGCACGGGGUGUGAGAUACCAGUUCUAGACCCUUUCAACAAGGAGGUGACCCAGUUCCUUAAGGAACCAAAGAAGGUGACAUGCAAAGGCCAAGAUUGGGUGAAAUGCUAUUUCUCAGAAUGCAGGGUAGUGCAAGAAAUCUUGGACACGACGCGAGAUAUAGUGUGCACGUACAGGGACAUAAUAUAUGAGAGCGAUCAGAAGUACUACUUGGGUUCUCCAGUCGACGUGUAUAUGACCGAUCCAUACACCCUGACCAAGAGUGACCAUGUCAAGAUCAAGUGUGUGGGCACACAUUUGAACUCAAUACUACCCUCAAAAUGGAACGGAGUCGCAGUGGGUUACAGGAAAGACCUCCCUCCCAUCCCGCCUCCAAAGAAUCCAGAUCCCAUAAGUGUGCUGAUCUUCGGCUACGAUUCGUUGUCGAAGAACGGGUUCAUUCGUCGAAUGCCGAAGACACACAAGUAUAUCGUGGAGCAGAUGGAGGCUACGAUAUUGCACGGCUAUAACAUCGUAGGAGACGGUACCCCGGCAGCACUCUUCCCAAUUCUCAGUGGUUAUACGGAGCUGGAAAUGCCAGAUGUAAGGAAGAAGGUGAAGAACAACAACCAUACCUUGGACAUCAAAAAGUUUAUUUUCCAGAGAGUGAAGCAGCAUGGUUACCGCACAGCCUACUACGAGGACAGUCCCUGGAUCGGCACGUUUCAGUACCGUUUCAACGGCUUCAACGGGCAGCCGGCGGAUCAUUAUCUCCGCGCGUUCUUCCAGGAGGACGCUAAGACGUCAUUUCAGACGUACUGUGUGGGGGACACGCCGAGGCACAGAAUAAUGAUGAACAUUACUGAACAGUUUCUUCACCAACCGGAUCCGAAGUUCAUAUUCACGUUCAUUGCUGACGUCACGCAUGACAACAUCAAUAUGAUAUCCUGGGCCGAUGACGCGACUGUGGACUUCUUAACCAACUUCAAAAGAAUGGGCCGUCAUAAGGACACGCUGUUAUUGUUCAUGGGAGACCACGGGACUAGAUACGCCAACGUCAGAAAGACGCUCCAAGGUCGUCUAGAAGAACGGUUACCAGUCAUGGCCAUCCUACUCCCAGAGAACUUAGUUAAGAAGCGGCCGUCAGCUUCGAAAGCCUUGGAACACAACGCUGGUGUACUGACGACCCCGCACGACGUGCACGCCAUGAUCCUGGACGCUUUGGGGCUGAGCGAGCAGACGCGCGACUAUAGAGUGGCGGGCGCGGACUUGCCGCGGGCCAUGUCGCUGCUGGAGCCGGCUUUCUGCGCUGAGAACGUAGUUAAGAAGCGGCCGUCAGCUUCGAAAGCCUUGGAACACAACGCUGGUGUACUGACGACCCCGCACGACGUGCACGCCAUGAUCCUGGACGCUUUGGGGCUGAGCGAGCAGACGCGCGACUAUAGAGUGGCGGGCGCGGACUUGCCGCGGGCCAUGUCGCUGCUGGAGCCGAUACCCAAGAACCGUUCCUGCAGCGAGGCAGGUAUUGAACCGCACUGGUGCGCGUGCGUCUCGUGGAAAAACGUGACCGUCGGCGACCCCAUGCACGACCGAGUGGCCAACGCGUUGGUCGACUUUAUCAAUGAACUCACUCAGCCAGUCAGAGAUCAAUGCGUUCCUCGAACUUUGACGAGCAUAUCGUGGGUUAUGAAGCAACAACCUAACAAGGGCGUCAUGGAGUUUAAAGAGUCGAAAGAUGCCGAUGGCUACGUAGGUGCAUUUGGGCCUUCGAUAAAACCAAUAACGGAGAAUUACCAAGUCAAGAUAACAGUGGGCCCUGGAACAGGUGUAUAUGAAGCCACGCUGACACAUAGAACGGCUGAGGAAAAGUUUACUGUUGACGUUCGGGAUAUAUCCAGAACUAAUAUGUAUCACCACGAGCCCGACUGCAUACACCUCACACAUCCACAUCUCAAUAUGUUCUGUUAUUGCAAGAAUCAAGUGAAAAGCCAUUAACUUUCAUCGUGCAAUUAAUUCAAAGCAAAAUGAAGAUAAUAUGUGUUUUAAGUGGAUACAAUGUUGGAGCAAUUUAUAGCAGUCUCCAAGCGAAGAUAUUUGUUGUAAGUAAAGUCUGGUCUGUAAGCACGUAGUAUUUGGUCCAAUGACCCCAAGCUACCCAUCCUUAUCGCUCGCGCGUAAUUAUAUUGCUGUCGCGACUGUGCGACGCGCUCCCGCAGUGAGUGUGCAAGCGCGACAGCAACAUAAUUACGCGCGAGCGAUAAGGAUGGGUAGCUUGGGGUCAUUGGACAAAAGUCUACGUGCUCACAGACCGGGCUUUAGAUAACAAUAUUGUUGCCUCCAAAAGGAUAGUGCCAGGGUCUGGACCAAGUGUUGCCCAUAAUCAACCCAUAGUGCAUUUUGUUCCUUAGGCCUAUACUAAUGUGUAAACCGAAUCUCACUGAAAUCUAUCCCUGGAGUUAAGAGAAAAAAAGAGUUUUGUUUUGAAUUAUUUACAUACAAAAUAUCAUCGAUGUAUACGUACUACGCAUAAGAUUUCGCGAUUGUGGAAUUAAAUAACACUCGCUAUGUUGAACUUAACCAUACUGCAUCCGUACACGUUACUUUAGUGCGAUUUAGAUAUUCUUUAUAAACGAUCUAGCGCUGUUUUAAUUGUUUGGUAAGUUGACAGAAAUUAAUUAUUUCCAAAAUGAAGAAAGAAGUUUUAGUUCUCUAUCCUUGCAAAAAAACAAUUUAUUGGUGUAUUACAAUCGAUUAUUGAAGUUAUUGUAAGCUUAAACUUCUUGCUCCAUUUUGGAAAUAAUUAAUUUCUGUCAAGUAACCAAACUACUGCAACAGCGCUUGAUCGCAUAAAAAGAAUGUCGAAGUCGUACUAAAGUAAGGUGUACGGAUGCAGUAUGGUUAAGUUCAACAUAGCGAGUGUUAUUUAAUGUCACAAUCGCGAAAUCUUAUGCGUAGUACGUAUACAUCGAUGAUAUUUUGUAUGUAAAUAAUUCAAAACAAAACUCUUUUUUUCUCUUAACUCCAGGGAUAUAUUUCAGUGCGCUUCGGUUUACAAAUUAGUAUUUGCCUGAGGAACAAAAUGCACUAUAGUUUCAUUCUGGGCAGCACUUGGUCCAACUUCCAUACAUGGAUUGGCACUGUCCUUUAUUAUUUUCGACGUGAAAUUUUUGAGGAUUUCUCAAAUAGCGGGGAUUUAAUCUCGAAAGAUCUCUUUUUUGAAGAGAUCUAGAAUUGAAUUGACCUUUUUAAAGGUGACUUGUAAAAGUAGAUUUUAGUGGUUUGUGUCAUCCAACCAGGCACUAAAACGGGACUAUUCCCACCUCUCGUUCCCACCGCUGCAACUCCUGUGUAGCCAGGAUCUACAGAAGGUCAAGUUUGAACCAGGCACCAGCAUUAAAUAUUAUUACAUAAAUGGUUUCCUACAUCAUAAAAUUUACCAAAACUAUUUGUCAAACGAUUAAAAUGACGUAAGAAAAACAAUUUAUAAAGAUUUUGAGACGUUAUGGUAAGUGGUUUCCACUUAGUGCUAAAUUGUAUUUUUGAAUACACGUUCAUCCCAGUCUUACGUAUAGCAUUUAAAUGUUUCCAAAGUCUUGUAUAUUGUGAAUGAAAGGAUUUUAUGGAGAAAAAAAAUGAGUCACAUGUGAUUCGUGACGCUAAUUUUACUGUGGUCAGCAAAAUGGUUAAUAGCCAUAUUAUUACUUUAUUAAAAUUACAUCGUCAAAAUGAAUGAUGUAAACACUAAAGUUCAAUACUCACUCAUCACAAAAUUUAUUUUUAUCUGCCAUAUUGUGUUUGUGCUGGUAAAAGUUACACUUUUAAUGUAAUAAUGCAACAACUCAAAAUUAUAAAAAUACUCAAAAAGUGGUAACUAAAAUCCUAAUUAUCUUACAAUGGGAUUAAGAGGUGAUAAGAAAAGGGAGUAAGAUUUGAUUGACUGAAAAAUAUUGGAAAGGAAGGGAAGAGAAUGACCAAAGAAAAUGUUGGUUGAAACUGAUGUUUUAUUUGCAUUAUAGAUAAUAAAGUCUAAUAUGGUUUUGCAGACAACAAAUUGCACGACAGUGCUUAAUAGAUAUGUUGACUUUUAAUAGCAGUUACGACCGGCUUACAACGAUCGUGGUUACGAUCCCGUUUAUUUCGUGGCUUCUUGGUAAAAAGGGCAUUUUAUAUUUUUAAUUUAUGGUGGAUAAGACAUUUCUUCUCUAGUUUUAAAAGUGUAAAGGGCUUUAAAGUCUAGCAACUAACAUUCGGUGAUAGUCAAUUCCAAAACCUCAUAUUAGAUACACUCACAAUGUAUGGUAAGUUUAUUUAUUCCAAUAGAUCUAAAAUAAUGUUAACGUUACAAAUUUUAAUUGAUAUUUUUUGCAUUCAAAAACUCGAUCCCCUAAAUAAUUUGUAUUAUAUUAGAUUAGAUUACGUGCUCUUUGAAAUUAGAGGUUUUGUGUUUGCAAUUACUAUUAAUUAGUAAUUGAUUUUUUUUUAUUAAAACGCAGUUGUCACAGUAUUCAGCGUGCGGUCCAAACGGACGACUAACUUACGGCUCAAAACGUCUUAUUUGAAAGAGCCAUAUGAUCGUUAAAGAUAUAAUAUCUUAUUUAUUUUCGUGUCUAUUGUCAUAGAUUAGUAGUUCAUUCAUUUUAUGUAAGCGAAUGUGUAUUUUCUGCUUUGCGCUGAGCGCUUCAUAUAACUUGGCAUGAUAUAAUAAUAUAUUUUCGGCAAAAAGCUAUAUUAUUUAGUAUUAAAGUAGUAGCUACUAAUAUUGUAAUCGAUUAUACUCAUGAUUCUGUAAAAGUAUUUUAGGUUUUGCGUUAUUAUAAUAAAGUUAAAGCAUUUAUGGAAUUCCAGUGAAUACAUAAUAUGAAAAUUACUUAUCCUAGUAAAGUUUUUAAUACAAGCAGUUUUUAUCUAUAGACGAUAAAAAAUAAACGUACUUUAAAAAAUACGUUGAGCUAUCUUUGCUGUAUUCAAAUGAUCAAAUUUAGAAAUACCCUAUAGAAAUACCUUAAACCAUAGCAUUUUUAUUGUUAUAAGUUAUUACAUAACUAAAGGUUAUAUUAUUUAAUAUUAAUUAAAUACUAUAACUAAAUAUGUAAAUAUUUUAUUUAUAAUUCAAAUAGGUUAGGUACAAUUGUAUGUUGUGGAGAUAAUAAUAUAUAUUUUCAUAUUCCAUGCUAAUUACUUUGUAAUUAUAAUGUGUAUUAAGUAUUUUUGUUGAUGUAGGGAAUUUAUGAUCUCUUACGUUUGAUAAUGUAAGUAAAACUAAUAAAAAGAAUAGUUGAUGGUGCAUAGAAUCCGGUUCUGUUAAUAUUAUACUCGUAUACUUACAUACAAAUACAUUUUAAUAAAUAUACUGUACUUAAUAUGACGCACAAAGAAGUCUUCUAUGAUACUUAGUAGAUAAAUAUAAAAUAUGUAUUAUUUAUAUUUUAAAAUCGCUAAAGAAAAAUAAAAUCGACUUUUAGUGACUGCAUAAAAUAAAUUUAAUUUUGUACUUUUUUUAAGUUUGCCUUGAUUUAUAUUACAGAAAUAUUCUUUUCUAAAUUCUUGUAAAGCCUGGUCCGUGAGCACGUAGAAUUUUGACCCCAAGCUACCCAUCCUUAUCGCUCGCCCGUAAUUAUGUUGCUGUCGCGCUCGCACACUCACUGCGGGCGCCCGUCGCACAGUCGCGACAGCAAUAUAAUUACGCGCGAGCGAUAAGGAUGGGUAGCUUGGGGUCAUUGGACAAAAUUCGACGUGCUCACGGACCAGGCUUUAGUAGCCUAUACAAAUUAAUAAGAUAGAAUACCUCUUUGUAAUAUUUACUAAACUGUUUGCCAAAUUUUGGUACUUAAAGAGAAAAUGUGGGCCGUCUAUCAGUCAAUUUUAAUUUAAACCUUUUAUAAGGUAGAGGUAAUAUUUUUGCCACCAUAUUUUUUUACCUCAUUCCAUCGUCUUAAGGUCCAGAUAUUAUAGAAAAUCUAACUUUUCCAUCGAAGGAUUAGUUAUUGUGUAAACAGACAAGUCAUUUAAAAGUUGAUGUGUAGUAUUUCGGUAUCAGUUGAGGUUUUAUGUUUAUUUCAUAUAUUUAAACAGUCAUUAGCUAUUUUAAAGGUACAACAAAUGUGUAAAUAAGUUACUCCAAAUUCUAGUUAAAAUAAAUAAAUAUGUAAUAGAUGUUAUAUUUCGUUAAAUGACAUACUUUUCUCUUUCUGUCGAGUUAAGAUAGAAAGAGAUGGUAAUAAUAAUAAUAUGCUUUCUAAUAAAUAUUGAAAACUGAUUUGGGUCCACUUGCGACUAAAAAGUUAUUUUUAAAUUACUUAAUACUUAUUUGCUAUAGUUAUGUUUCUUGUACUGUUAAAUUAAAAAAGUAAAAGAAUUGCAUUCCUUAAAAAUAUCCUUACAAUUUUUUAUUUGUCAAUUAUUGGCUUAAAUUGUAGGUGUUGAUUUUUUAUUUUUAUAUUGACGAAUCUCUUGUGUGCUCGACAUUUUAUGUUUAUUUAUUAAUUUAAGGACUUUAUUUUUAAUAUGGUCAGUACAGUCGGCGUCAAAUAAUUCGUGACACCCAAAGUGGCCAAAAAAUUGUAACACAACCUUAUUCCAAUUGUAACAAAGACGUGUUGCGACCUUUUUGGUUACUUUGGGUGUCACGAACUUAUUUAACCCUGACUGUACCUAGCACAUUUAACUAGCCACAAAUAGUUCCAUGGACUUUUAACGUUAUGUGUUUGGUUUAAGGUUUAAAGUUGAAGUUCCCUAUUUGUGGUAGGUUGAUAAGCUAGCGAGUAUACUUUUGUUUUUGUUAUAAGAUACGUUUGAAUGAAGCAGAGUUAUUUGUCCGUAUAUGAUAAGUUUGGUGCGUGAUAUUAAAAUAAAUAAUAUUGUAAAGAAUAA